CAUUGCCUUUUCCUUUAUGGAAAGAAGAAAGAAAAAUAGACUUAACGAGCACAAAUUAGAAAAAUAUAAUACGCUCACGAAAACACGGAUUGUUGUCGAGUCCUUUUGAGUGUGUUCUAACAAAAUUGUGUUUGAAACCAAAUGCCAACUCGCUAUAAGUAGUUUCCUUUUAUACUAUGAAUAGAACUUCAUAAACUUAUCAUCAAAUAAUAAACGGAGCCAGUAGAAACUAAGCGUAGGUACCCGUAUCAAAAUAAUCUGUGUAUUCCGCUGACUUUUUUUUAUCCAGCAAUAGUCCGGAAUAUUAUGUUGUAACGCUGAAUUCAGUAUAAUUACGGUAACCAACACAGAAAUGGACAUUGAAACAAAGAUAAAAGAGGAUAUGCGUUCUCUAGGCUGUGAUUCUGAUACAAAGGUAUCUUUAGCGUAUUUCCUAUACAUACAUUUAGUGGACGAAAAACUCAUGUAUGACACUGAGUACUGUUACAACAAGGAUAUAGAUACCUUGUACAUAAUGGCCAGGCCGAGUAAGAAUGAAAAAAUUAACAUCUACGUACCUGUAAUGACUUCAGAAGACAUAAGUAUGGAUUUUAUUAAUAAAUUACAAGAAAACUUGUGUACUGUGGAGACAGGCCCAAGUGUUAACUUAGCUUUCAUAGAAGGUGACUCAACUACAGUAAUUUAUACAUUUACUAAAGAUCUAGUUGAACGGCCAGCUGCUGAAAAGGUUGUGGAACAAAAACGAAGAGAUGAACGGAGAAGUUUUAUUAACAGUGAAUUAAAGAAAAAUAAAAAUACUAUUUUAAAUACUGCUCUGAAUGGCGGUUAUGUGGAUGAUGAUGAUUGUGAAGUUUUAAGCUGAAAUAAUAAAAAGUAAUCUUGAGUUUAAAAGUUGUGAAAAUAUGUCAUUCCAGCCCUGUAAUUUAACCAAAUAUUAUAAAAAAUAAUGUGCUACCUAUUAUGUUAGUAAAUUCAGGAGCUCGUUAACUGGUGAAAUUACAGGCACAUGGGACUUGUGAACUUAUGUUCAGGGUGACAGGCGCAGUGGCACUGCGCCUCAGAUCUUCGCGGUUUAAAGAUCUGAGUGGCACUGGAACCAUUAUAAAUAUGCA